GGGCUCGCGCUGGCGGGAUAUUAGGGCGCAGGCGUCCCGCCAGGGGGCGGAGCCCGAGAGAUGGGCAGCGGAUUUCCGGUUCCUGGAGCAACGAACGGCCGCGGCGGCGACAGCUACCGCUUCGGAGGAAGCGGCUGCGGAGGAGGAAGAAGAGGAGCUGGGCAAGGCGGGAGCCACAGGCGGGACUCUCGCCAUGGGUCCGCGGACCUAGAGCGGUGAAGGCCGCUGCUCCUUCCUGUGGCCCCCAUGGCUGAGGACUGGCUGGACUGCCCAGCCCUGGGCCCUGGCUGGAAGCGCCGUGAGGUCUUUCGCAAGUCAGGUGCCACCUGUGGACGCUCAGACACCUAUUACCAGAGCCCCACAGGAGACAGGAUCCGAAGCAAAGUUGAACUGACUCGAUACCUGGGCCCUGCAUGCGAUCUCACCCUCUUCGACUUCAAACAAGGCAUCCUGUGCUAUCCAGCCCCCAAGGCCCAUUCCUUGGCCAUCCCCAGCAGGAAGCGGAAGAAGCCUUCGAAGCCAGCCAAAGCUCAGAAACGUCAGGUUGGACCUCAGAAGAGUGAGGUCAGAAAGGAGACCCCAAGGGAUGAGACCAAGGCUGAUGCUGACACAGUCCCAGCUUCACUUCCUGCUCCUGGGUGCUGUGAGAACUGUGGAAUCAGCUUUUCAGGGGAUGGAACCCGAAGGCAGCGGCUCAAGACUUUGUGCAAGGACUGCCGAGCACAGAGAAUUGCUUUCAACCGCGAACAGAGGAUGUUUAAGCGUGUGGGCUGCGGGGAGUGUGCGGCCUGCCAGGUAACGGAAGACUGUGGGGCCUGCUCCACCUGCCUUCUGCAGUUGCCCCAUGAUGUGGCCUCGGGGCUGUUCUGCAAGUGUGAGCGAAGACGGUGCCUCCGGAUUGUGGAAAGGAGCCGAGGGUGUGGAGUGUGCCGGGGCUGUCAAACCCGAGAGGACUGUGGCCGUUGUCGAGUCUGCCUUCGCCCUCCCCGCCCUGGUCUCAGGCGCCAGUGGAGGUGCGUCCAGCGGCGUUGCCUACGGCACCUCGCGCACCGCCUCCGUCGCCACCAUCAGCGAGGUCAACGACGCCCUCCCCUAGCUGUGGCUCCCCCUGCUGGUAAACAUGGCCGCCGCAGGGGAGGCUGCGACUCCAAGGUGGCUCCCCGGCGGCGCCCUCCCCGAGCCCAGCCUCUGCCUCCACUUCCCCCGUCGCAGCCUCCAGAGUCUCCAGAGCUGCACCCCAGAGCCCUGGCCCCCUCGCCACCUGCUGAAUUCAUCUAUUACUGUGUAGACGAGGACGAGCUACAGCCUUACACGAACCGUCGGCAGAACCGCAAGUGUGGGGCCUGUGCAGCCUGCCUGCGGCGGAUGGACUGUGGCCACUGCGACUUCUGCUGUGACAAGCCCAAAUUUGGGGGCAGCAACCAGAAGCGCCAGAAGUGUCGUUGGCGCCAGUGCCUGCAGUUUGCUAUGAAGCGGCUGCUGCCAAGUGUCUGGGCAGGGUCCGAGGAUGGGGCAGGGCCGCCCCCACCUUACCCUCGUCGAAAGAGGCCUGGCUCUACUCGAAGGCCCCGUCUGGGUCAGACCCUGAAGCCUCCCUUGGCCAUACCCAUAGCCCAACCAGCCCGUGCCCAGACGCCAAUGAAGCAGGAAGAAGGCAGUGGCUUUGUGUUGCCUCCACCUGGCACCGACCUUGUGUUCUUACGGGAGGGUGCAAGCAGUCCCGUGCAGGUGCCUGGCCCAGCCCCAGCUUCUGCAGAAGCUCUGUUGCAGGCAGUAGACCCAGGCCUGCCACCUGUGAAGCAAGAGCCACCUGACCCUGAGGAGGACAAGGAGGAGAACAAGGAUGACUCCGCCUGACUUGGCCCCAGAGGAGGAGGCAGGAGGGGCUGGCACGCCUGUGAUCACGGAGAUUUUCAGCCUGGGUGGAACCCGCCUCCGGGACACAGCAGUCUGGUUGCCAAGAGAGCCAAGCCUCCCAAAGGCCAAGGGGCUGAGCAUCAUCUGGAAAGAAUCCGACGCAGCCAUCAGAAACAUCAUGCUAUUUUGGCUUCCAUUAAGUCAAACGAGCGGGAUUGCUUGAAAGCUGAGUGGGAACAGCACAAUGACCACAAGUUUGUGGACAGUCUUGUGAAAGCAAGAGUCAAGGAUGCCAUGCAGGGGUUUAUCAUCAACACUGAAGAAAGACGAAAUAAGUUACGUGAACUUUUAGCAUCAGAAGAAAAUGAAUAUUUUACUGAAAUGAAAUUGAAAGAAGAAACAAUUGAGGAGAAAAAAGAUAGAAUGAGAGAUAAAAUCAGAUUAUUAAGAGAGAAGAAAGAAAAAGAGAGACAGGAUUUUGUGGCUGAAAAGCUAGACCAGCAAUUCAGGGAACGCUGCGAGGAGCUCCGUGUUGAGUUGUUUUGUAUCCAUCAGAAGACAGUGAGCAGGGAGCGGAAAGCACAGAUAGCAUUUAACGAGGAGCUGAAAAGGCAGAAGCUGGUGGAAGAGCAGAUGUUCUCAAAGCUCUGGGAAGAAGACCGACUGGCCAAAGAGAAGCGAGAAGCUGAAGAGGCAAGGAGACAGAAAGAGCUGGUGGAGAACACACGCCUGGGGCUGAAUGCCCAGAUCACCAGCAUUCAGGUGCAAAGGCAGGCAGCGCAGCGGCUGAAGGAAGAGGAGGCGCGCCUUGUGGAAGACAACAAAGCACAGGUGAAAUUUGAGAAUGAACAGGAUAAGCUAAAGAAACAGAAGACAAAACAGGAAAUAAGGGCUGCUUUGCAAAAAGCCCUCCAAGAGAAGAUGGAGCAUAUUCGGCAGGAAUACAGAGAAGAUCAGGAUUUGAACAUGAAACUCAUGCAAAGCGCCCUUCAAAACCUACAGGAAGAGGCUGAUAAAAAGAAGCAAAAAAGAGAAGAUAUGAGAAGAGAACAGAGGAUAUAUCAUCAAUACUUGGCACAGCAGCGUGAGGAAGAAGAAGCUCAGGAGAAAGAACUGGACAGAAUGUUAGAGAAAGAGAAGGAAAAGAAGUUUGCUGAGAAGGACAAGGAGCUGAGACUUGAAAAGGAGGCAAGAAAACAACUUUUGAAUGAGGUCAUGUGUACAAGAAAACUUCAAGUUCAAGAAAAGUUGCAACGAAAAGCAAAAGAACAGGAAGAACUUGCUAUGGAACAGGAACGCAUAAAUGAAGGUCUUAAAGAGCUUAACCGUGAAGAGAGGGAGAAUUUUACAAGACGCUUCAGUUUAGCCCAGGAGUACAGGAAGCAACUUCAGAUGCAAAUGCGCUCCCAGCAGCAGGCCCGGGAAGCAGAGAAGGAAGAGGAACGCCGAGAGUUUGAGGCAGGAAUAGCAGCAGAGAAGAAUUUCCAGGACAAGAUCCAGGAGAUCCUAUCCACUCAUCAAGUGCUGCCCCGAAAUGUCCACCCUAUGCGGAGGGCAUGCCCUAAUAAGCUUCCGCCAUAGUUUCAUAAACUACACUAUGCUUGUAUGUCCCUUUUAACUCAUGGAUAAACUGGUUUUUUUUUUUUGUUUGUUUGUUUUUUCUGAGUUUGUGUAACUAUAUGCCAUGAAAUUUUCUUCUUAGAAAUUAAACUAUUUCUUUUUUAGAUUUCAUAUACUGACACAUCUGAAUGAUCUACUUCCUAUCACACAGUUAUUUUCCUAACUUACCUCCAUGCCACCCUUUCUUGUUCAUUUAUUAAUAGCUUCACUUUUUCCCAUCCAUCUGUUCAUAUGCCCAUAUCCUUUUGCCUCCUUUCUCUUCUCACUCACAGACAUAAUUCACAAUAUUAGCAGGGCAUUUUUUCAGGCAAAGCUGGGACUAUCAGCCACUUUCAUUAAUCCACUUAUUCAGUUAUUAAACAAAUGUUUACUGAGUACCUCUCACAUGCUGGCACCAUUCUGGAGCUUGAGACUUCAGUGAGAACAAAGCAAACCCCUUGCUCUCAUGGCGAUUACAUUCUAGUGGAGGAAACCAGGUAAGUGUUAAGUGCUAUAGGCAGGAAAUGGCAGGAGUGCUAUUUUAUUUUAUAUGUGAUAGUCAGAUCUCUUUUAGCAGCUGAUAUUUGAAUGAACCAGCCAUGUGGUUAUCUGGGGAGAAAAUAUCCCAGGCAGAAGAAAGAGCCAGUGCAAGGGCCCUGGGACAGAAGUCUGCUUAGUGCAUAUGAGGCAUAGCAUUUGUGCUGGAGUAGAGUGAGGAAAGAGUGGUAGAAGACUAAUUGGAAAGGUAGUGGGGGCCAGAUGAUGUAAGGCCUUGGAAGCAUGGUGAAGACUGGCUUUUACUUCUAUAGGAAGCAGUUAUAGGGUUUUGAGCAGAGAAGCAACCUGAUAUGAUGUAAGAGGGUUGCUGGUUGCCAUGUUGAGGUUAGACUUCAAGGAGACAGGGAUGCAGUUAAGAAGUGAUCACAGUAACCCAGGUUAGGGGUGAUGGUAGUGUGGUAGCCAGCCUCCAAGAUGACCCCUAAUCAUUCUCAAAGUAGGCAAUAUUCACACAGAAGUAUGUGUUUAUGCCCUUGUGUAGUCCCCUUCCAUCCUGAAUCUUGGGCACUAUGUAAAAUAUGUGCAUUUACCAGUUUAAAAAAAAAGGUAGAAAGAAAUCAACAUGUUCAUACACCUAACGUUGAGCAGUAUAAUUAAUUAUUUUCACUUCUUUGAGAAGUUCCCUCCCAAGCUUUGUUUGUAUGGAUACUCAUUUUCACAUUGUGAAUGCACUGCCUUGUUGCUUCACCUAUCACAUUUACAAAUGGCUACAUCAUAGUCUAUUGAGUUAGUGUCCUAUAAUGUACUGAACAUUGGACUUUGAGUUCAUUUCAAAUUUGUCACUGUUACAAAUUAUCCUAUAACAACAUUCAUUUGAAUUAUUUCCUUAGAAUCAUGUAGUUCCCUGAAGUGGGAUUUCUGGGUCAAAGGGGAUAAACAGUGAUAUACUUUUGCUUUCAAGCGCCACAUUUGCAAAAGCAGUUUUUAGAGUUGUAGACUUUUUAGGGAAAUGUUUUCAUGGCCAGUUGGUAUUCUCCCUGAAGAUUUAAAAUGUAUUUGAGGAAAUUGUUUGCUAGAAUCUCUAAGAGGUUUUUCUCUUUAACCUUUCUACGCAUUCAUUCACUCUUACCUCAGCUCUGGGAAUCUAUCUCCUUCUCUGUAUUCAAGCCCCCUUGUGGCCAAAGUUAAUCUCUAAUCCAAAAGUGGGAGUGGGAGUGGGCCACAAAAAAACAAAACGAAAAGAAAAAACUAUCAUUUAAGUUUUGUUGAAAAUCAACUGACCAUUAAUAAUAAGGGUUCAUUUCCAGGCACACUGCUCUGUUCCACUGAUGUAUUUGUCUAUCCUUACACCAACGCAACACUGCAGUGAUGAUCACUGUAGCCUUUAAUAAGGCUUGAAAUUGGUUGUGUGAGGCAUCAAAUAUUGUUCUCUUUCUUCCCCCCAAAAUUAUUUUGUCUGUUCUAGGUUCUUUAAAUUUCCAUAUAAUUGUUAGGAUCAUCUUGUCAAUUUCUACAAAGAUACCUACUGAGAUUUUGAUAGAGAUUGCAUUGAAGCUAUAGAUUAAUUUGGGGAGAACUGCCAUCUAAACAGUCAUGAGUUUUCCAACCGAUGAAGAAGGUCUAUCUCCCCAUUCACUUAGGUCAUCUUUACAUUUUUAAGCAAUGUUUUAUGGUUUUCAGUGUGCAGGCCUUGUGCUUCUUUUGUUAAACUUAUUCUUAAGUAUUUCUCUUUAAUACUAUUAUGAACAGAAUUGUUUUCUUAAUUUAAUUUUUGGAUUAUUCAUUGUUAAUGUGUAGCAAUGUAAUUGAAUUUUGCAUAUUGGACUUCUAUCUUGUGACCUUGCUGAACUCACUUAUUAGUUCUAGUAGUUUAUUUUUUGUUUGUUUUUUAAGAUUCUGUAGGAUUUCUUACA